UAUCAACACAGUCAUAGUUGACUACACAUACAAUCGGUGUUUUCUCACUCACUCUGUUGUCGCCGGAAACAAGAUUUCAGCUGAGCUCCUCAUCACCAUUGCAACACCAACAUGUCUUUAGCUCUUCUCCAGCAAAGCUUUCUAACUAAUCCUCUCGCUUCAUCUUUUAAACCCACCCGGAAUUUCAGAUGCAGUUUCGUAAAUACCACUAAAAUCUCCUGCUCUUGCAACCCAGACGCUGAAAAUCAGCCCUUGAGGAAAAAUGAGAAUAAAAUGGCGAAAUUGGCGUUGGUUGCGUUGGCAGCUGGGGUGCUCACACUGGGCUCAGUAGACCCUGCGUCUGCUGCUAAGACCGGCGGCCGAGUUGGCGGUCAGGCCUUCCGUUCAUCGGCGCCGCGCGCUUCGGGUCCAAGGAUUAAUAAUUCCAGGACCAAUGUUUACAUUAACCCACGAGUUGCCCCUCCUCUAGUUGGUGGAUAUGGCUAUGGUAUCGGUGUGCCAUACUAUGGCGGAUGGGGCUGGACGCCCUUCUCAUUCUUUGCUCCUGGACCGGGUGUUGCCGUAGGUGUUGGAGGUGGAUUUGACACCCUCGUUCUCUUUAUGCUCUUUGGUGCAGCCGCUGCUGUUGUUAGGAGAUUCCUCGGGUCAAGAGAUGAAGAAGACGAUGAUUACUCCUAGGGUGCAUCAUGGCUCAGCAAUCUCGGGUACCUAUGCAGUAUAUACCUAUUUAUAUGUUGUACUAGACUGCAUUAUUCUGUUGUGGUUUUAAGAAGGAAGGAAAAUCUUGUAUAGGCUUCUUACUGACUUUCACUCACAUUACUUGGAUA